UUCGUCUGUUCCGACCGGAGACAUACGUGUGUUGCUAAAUCUAAAUAUCCUUUAUUCAUACUCAUUGUAUUUUGAACCUUGUUUCGUGUGCGACAGAGUAAAUAACUGUGUUGUGUAAAGAGAAUAAUUUACGGCUAACUUGUUUACCCCAACUCAGUGUAAUAACUAGUGCAAUUAUCGGUUGCGCUUUGACUGUGGCAUCGCAUUAGGCCGUCCCGUUUCCACUUGAGCAGUUGCGCCGGCGGAUAAGGACAAAAUGCAGCGGUCGCCUACGAAGACUUAUUCAAAUCCCGACCUAACGAGCUCAGAUAUGGUCACGAUGAGGAAGCGUAAACAACCUGAUUGUGCGUGUGAUAUUACUUCAUUUUCGAUGGAAUUUAAAAAAGCUAUGUCGGAUCUCCGUGCGGAUUUCGUAAAUUCACUAACGCAAAUUAAUGAGAACAUCAAUAAUGUUAUAAAAAAGGACUUGGAAAAUUUGUCGCUAGUCACAUCUGAAAUUAAAACGGAAAUAGAUACUUUGCGUGUUGAAAAUAGCACCUUAAAACAACACGUAGCAAACUUGGACACUAAAUGUAAUAGAAUGACACAGGACUUAACCAAUUUACGGGAGAGUGUUCAAUUCCAAGCUCAGCAGAGUGAAUCUAUUGAGAGUAAGGUCCACAAUAUGGAGGCUACCUUGAAGAAAUCACCGGUUGACACGGACUACUAUCGGUCAUUAGAAAAUAAAAUAGAUUCCCUCGAACAGCAAGCAAGAAAUAACAAUAUUGAGAUCUCAAAUCUCCCAGAAAGGCGUAACGAAAAUCUGCUUACCUUGAUAGAAUCUAUAGGAUCCCACAUUAAGCACCCUAUUUCUAAGAUUGAUAUACUAUCUAUACAUCGUGUGCCUCACGCACAAGUAAGUAGCCGCCCAAAAAACAUAAUUGUUAAGUUUUCCUCUCGCAUGCUUCGUGACAAUGUGCUAAGUGCGUACCGCUUGUCAAAAGGUCUCAAAUCUGAACAGCUUGGACUGUCUGGCACAUGUCUCAAUAUUUACAUGAAUGAACAUCUAACGCUAAAUAACAAAAUAUUAUUUCGCCAAUGUCGCGAGGCAGCAAAGAAACAUAAUUUUAAGUUUGUAUGGAUUAGGCAUGCUACUGUGCUUGCGCGCAAGUCUGAGUCAUCACAUGUCGUUGCCAUUCGCUCAGCGAAUGAUAUUAUCAAAAUUACUUCUAACCAGAAAUCUAACGAACAAUGAAAGAAAUAUUUUUUUUAUUAUUUUUCGUCAAUCCAUUUUACGUAGGUACUGCAAAUAUGAUAACACGUUCCUGGCUAAAAAUGUAACCUAUUUUCUUAUAUUUACAAGUGGCUCAUAUGUACUUAUUUUUGUAAAAACUAAAUUGUGUUACAGAAAAGUAACUUUAUAUCACCAUCUGAUUAGAAACAUGAAUAUCUAUCUCCAAAUUGUGACAAGAACUGCAUAUUGCUCAUCAACGAACCAUGUACUAUUAACAUUGCUAAUUAUUUGCAUAAUAAAUAUUUAUAAGUGGCAUAGUAAUAAAAUAAAUAACUACUCUGUACUCGGGAACGCCUAUAGUGUGAGAACAAUAAUAUUAUUUUUGCCAAUACCUAUUUAUUAUUUUCCAUUUGAUAAUGUAUAGCAAACUAUCUAUAUAUUAUCAAAACUGUGGUGGAUUUAAGACAAAAUUACACACAUUGCACAUGAGUAUUUUGGCAUACUCCUAUGACGUGAUCAUCUUAGUUGAAACCUGGCUGCAGUCUGGUGUAACGGACGACGAGUUUAUCGAUGAUAGGUACUUAGUGUUUCGAUGCGACCGCGACUUAGUGGCCGCGGGCAAGCGGGACGGCGGUGGGGUGCUGAUCGCCGUACGCCGCGAACUGCGGCCGACACUCGUUACACUCACAUCGCCUCCCCGCGCCACCGCGGUCCUUGAGCACCUUGUGGUCGCUCUGCCGUCUGCCACACAACCUAAUCGACAUUUAUUUAGUGCAACGUACAUACCUCCUAACUCGUGCUACAACUUGUACUGCGAUCAUUUCGAGACUCUGCAAACUUUAUGUAAUGAUUCUCUUACCGACAAAGUAUAUUUAUUUGGUGACUACAACUUACCGAAGUUAUAUUGGUUGUCAGAUAACUCUAAUAAAAUUAUACCAAAGCUAGAUAGCUCAUGUGUAAACAGCGUUGAACUUUUAAAUUUUAUGUCACUUACGAAUACGCAACAAUACAACUCAUUAAAAAAUGAAAUAGGUCGUACGCUUGAUUUAAUGAUAUCCAAUGAUGAUUGUUUAUUAGCACAGUGCGAUGCUUUGCUGAGCCCUGUGCCUCACCACCCGGUAUUUUGUGUAUCUAUAACACUGGAACAAAAUAUUUCCUACAUGUCACGGAAAACACUUUCCAAAUACUGUUUUAAAAAAGCUGACUAUGACUGUAUUAAUAGUGAUUUGAAUCAAAUUGAUUGGUAUAAUCUUUUAGGUGACUUAAAACCGGACCAAGCUGUAAAUGCUUUUUACGAGACAUUAUACAAAAUUAUUAGAAAAUAUACGCCGAAGAUCAGAGAUAAAUCCGUACGACAUCCACCUUGGUUCACACCUUCACUUAUAAAAUUAUUUAAAAAUAAAGAAAAGGCUUGGUUUAAGUGGAAGUCGUACGGAAAUACUAGUGAUUAUGAAUUAUUCUCCCUAUACCGUAAUAGAUUUAAAUCGGAGAGCAAAAAAUGUUUCGCUCAAUACAUUUCCUAUGUAGAAAAUAAUAUAAAAGAUAACCCGAACUACUUCUGGAGAUAUAUAAAAAAUCGUAAUAAAAAAACAUCAUCUAUUCCAUCUACUAUGUCUUACAAAACCACUUGCUCUGAUGAUCCCGCUCAAAUUUGUGAUAUAUUUGCCGAUUUUUUCCAUUCAGUUUACGAACCUUCAUCGUUUAAUGACAGUGAAUGGCAGCCUCCUAAAGAAUAUAAUGUUAACUGCAACUGUAUAUCUGAUAUAGAAAUAUCAAUUGAGAAAAUACGUGAAACCUUAUUAGCUCUCGACAUUUCGAAGGGUGCUGGUCCUGAUAGUCUACCGCCUAUAUUUUUUAAGUCUACAGCACGUAGUCUUUGUUUACCUCUCCAUAUAAUUUAUAACAAAUGUCUGAAAUCUGGAGUAUUUCCCGAUGUUUGGAAGAGGGCUUUCAUCGUACCUAUUUACAAGAGCGGUGAUAAACGUAACGUUGAGAAUUACCGUCCAAUUUCAAUACUCUCCACUUUGGCGAAGGUCUUUGAAAGUCUUGUACAUGAAGUAAUAUACCCAUUGAUACAUAACGUCAUCAUACCAGAACAGCACGGUUUUGUGAAACGGCGGUCUACUACUAUUAACUUGUUGAUUCUAACCGAUUUCUUAUUUAAAAAUAUGGAUCGUCGUACACAAGUUGAUGGAGUCUACACAGACUUUCAGAAGGCCUUCGACAAAGUGGAUCAUAAAUUGUUGAUGUCUAAAAUAGCAUACAACGGGAUUCGCGGUAACUUACUGCGCUGGUUCUCUUCUUAUAUCUCGAACAGAUUGCAGACAGUCGUGAUAAACGGCUAUGAGUCUAAGCCUAUUGUGGCAACCUCAGGAGUCCCACAAGGCUCCAUAUUAGGACCACUGCUUUUUAUUAUUUUUAUCAACGACAUUAACAGCUGCUUUAAAUAUUCAGAAAUAUUGCUAUAUGCCGAUGAUCUUAAGGUAUUCCGAGCAUGUUCAAGCACAAAAGACUGUGAGCUAUUACAGGAAGAUCUACAUAGGUUAUCUUUUUACUGUACACAGAACAAAUUACAUCUAAGUCUUCCUAAAUGUCACGCUAUUACUUUUACCAAAAAUAGAAAUGUCUUUAAUUUUAAAUAUGUCUUAAAUAAUACAACUUUGAAAAAAGUAAGUUCAGUUAAAGACCUAGGUGUAUUUCUUGAUUCAAAAUUGCAUUUCGACGUCCAUGUCACUACUGUAGCUAACAAAGCUUAUAAAAUGUAUGGUUUCGUCAUGAGAGCGGCUCGUAAUUUUAAACGAAUGUCUACUUAUUUGACUUUGUAUAGAUCACUAGUUCGAUCACAGCUUGAAUAUGCAACGCCUAUAUGGAAUCCUUUUUAUGAUAAAUAUAUAGAAAGUUUAGAAAAGAUUCAGUGUAAAUUUCUUCGUUCUGCGCACUAUAGAUGUACCCGUUCUCACUUAUCUUAUGAUGCACUGUUGCAACAUUACAAUUUACUGAGCCUAGACUCCAGGCGAUUAUAUCUCAGUUCGAUGAUCUUGUACAGAAUAUGUAACAAUAAAUUUGACUCUUCAAGUCUUUGUAACCAAAUUAGAUAUACGGUGCCACGAUCCGCCAAUGUGAGAGCCGCGCGUGCGCCUCGCUUGUUCCACUUAGAUCCUUGUAGAACAAAAGCAGGGGUACGUGCGCCUCUAAGACGGCUUGUUUAUAUAUAUAAUAAUCAUUGCAGCAAUUUAGACAUAUUUUUCCUUUCACAGUACAGAUUCAAAAAAGGAUUAAUGGAAUCAUUAACUUAAUUUUUUUUUCUCAAUACGUUAUUUUGUAAGUACUUGCUUGUAUAUGUUACGCAACACAAACACUUCUGCAUUUUUUUAAAAUUUUUAGUUACAGUUCUUUAAUAUUGACUGUUCAACAACACACGUAGGUAAUUCUAUUUAGUAAUCUGUGGAUAGCGUUGUUGGUUGCACUUUUAGAAAUAACAUUAUGUUGUCAACCUAGAUUAAGUUUUAUGAGUGUAAUCGUUUGCUAACCCAAAUAAAUAAAAUAAAAUAA